CACCACGUUCAACCCGCAUCCAGCCAUCACCCCCCUUCGAACCGCAGAACACAAUCUCAGUCCACCACUUCCCAUUGAAACUCGCAUUCAGCGGCCAUCUUCUACCAUUAGUAGCUUACAUAUUUGGAUCCUCUGCUAUAGCAAUUCAUUGCGCGACCGCCCGACUGCCACCACAUUCUUGUUCAGCUUCCAUCAAGCUUUUCUUGAGAUCGGCCACGAAUCGACCACGCCGCUUGUCAUCUCGUCUCGCUCCUGAUCAUCCCGAAUCGGCGCCUUCAAGCUCGAGCAUUGCCACAUUCUUCCGUUAAUUGCGAGGCAUCCACAUGUAGGAAUCGUUGACAAGGCAUCACAUCCUACAUUCACCAUCCCUCGCCUCCCACUCUCCUCCCCCUGCUCCUUCCUGCAGGCGCAUCACCACCCUCCCCCGACUAUUAACAACAACCCCCAUGGUCCCUCCACCAAAAGCGGGAUCAUUUUCGCCAAACCCAGCCCAGGCAUUACAAACAGGGUCCAAUCACUCCCCACAUCCAUCUCACGCUGGUAUCCUCAGUGCUGGCGCAAGCCCUAGCACCAGCAGUCCGACGGGGACCAACUCCCUCACAAAGAUUGUUGUCGCUCAGGUUUAUCUGCUCCUUAGCACAAUAAAGGAGGAUAAAGAUCGAUCCAAGUUUGAAAUUCAAGUUGAUCAACUUCGAAAGCUUAUCGAUGAACACGGUAUGGAGGUUUUCUCAAAGUACUUUACUCGGCUUGUUGCCGGUAAUGCGCCCCAAAUAUUCCCUGGGAUGAAUCGCCCUGUUGCGAACCCUGGCAACUACCAUAUCCUUGUUGGAGAGAUGCGUAAAAUUGCCCACGAUGCCAACCAAGCUACCAAGAUCGCGGAGUCCAUUGAAAGCGGAACAGAGGAUAUUUUCAGGGAUUUCGAUCUCUCCACGUUUAUGGAGCACUUCAAACUUGAUGCGCUCGAGAAAACAUUGCUCGCGUUGGCCUUCAAACUUGGUUCUCGUGCCGACUUGAAGACCAAAGCCGACGCCAUUCUCUCCACCAAUUUCUCAACCUUCGUUGACCUCCUCUCCCGCCCUGAUAUCGACGCCCAUUCCGACCUGUCCCCCAGAUUCAUCGCCUUCAUUGUUGACCGAUUUUUACAAUUCCACCCUCCUAGCUUCAAUGGAGCCCUGAAGCGAGAGUUGUGCAAUGCCGCCAUAAAACGAUACAUUAUGCUGGACCAAGCGCCGCCUUCAGAAGUGCUUGCUGCUCUGGAUCUGGGCCGAGUUCUGGACGACCGACCAGAGAACGGGCUUGCACGCUACAUCCAACGAAGUGGCAGCGAGUUUACACGCGACGAAGAGACGUGCAUCUCCUUUCUUCAAAAUCGCCCAGGCACUGUCCAACUCAGUCCCGAACAGAUCUCUUGUGCACUCACCUUCACUGCGAUUGCCCAAACGCCUGAGCAUGACCCAGCAGUGCUCGUGCGUGCCCUCCAGCGGCUGGUUCCAAAGUCAUUCGACUGGACCCAAGUGGUUGAGGGCUUUGACCAACCUUCUGCCCGCAUCUCUUCCGACCAAUUCCUUCGUCUUUACAAGGCUUUCUUACCCGUUGCCGAGAACCCCAAAUAUAACUUCGAUAUUCAGAGGCUGUGGGGUUCUACUUGGCGAGAAGCAGAUGCUCAGCUUUCGUUCGUUAGCGCGUAUGCCUCUCUAACGCCGGAACAGCUUGACGCUACCACCAUUCCUGGUUUGCAACGCAGCAUCACAUUAGAAGACUACGCAAAGUCACCUCAAAACGUUAAGGACAGAGCUGCCGUGGCCGUAAAACAUCCUCUGGUUUCGGUUGUUGCAUUAGCUGCGAUCUUCAACGCCGCGCUCAACUCUGUGCACGCAUCACAGACAGUGGAGGCCAAACGCUUAUUCCAAGAAGUAGUCGUUCCGAACCUCGACAUAUUUGUCGUAUCCGCUCUCGAUGUCCCUCGCCACUCCUGGGCUGAUAUGGCGGGCGAUACUCUAGGUUCGCUCUUCGAGAACUUUCUCUACAAGAGAUCACCUGAAUAUGACUUUGUUCUGGACAGCCUUUGGAGAAAGGACAAAGAAUUUGUUGUCCAGCGACUUGUUGAUGCCCACGCUGUUAAACCUGUUGAUCUGCCUCUCAUCUUCGAACACGCUGUGAAACACAACUGGCUAGAUGAGCUUGUUUAUAUUCCAAACGGCUUUGGUUUGGAUUUCACAGCAUAUGCACAUGCGAAGGGCUACCUUGACUUGGCGGAUUGGGCCAGAUUCAACGCCGAUCGCCGAAAUGAGAUGUCCCGGACGCUUCUCCAGUUUCUUAUGAUUAAGGCCAACCUUGAGAUGCAGUUCCAGCGUCCUCCAGAUGGUCAGCCAGCAAUCAAAACUAGCACCAGCCUCCAAGUCCGAACAGUUGCUGCAUUAUUACAGAUACUGGAGGACUUCCUUCCUAAGGCGCCCGUCCACGAUAUGAUCGUCGUUCAGCGUCACUGUAUCACAGCGUAUCCUCGCUUGAUUAAUUAUGGCGAGGGAUAUGACGACGUCAUCGACGCAAAUGGCAAAGACGGGAACGCACUACCAUCCGCUGCCAACAGCAAAAUGGAGGAGCAUUAUAAGAGAAUGUAUGGAGAUGAGAUGCAAGUACGAACUAUUGUGGAGAUCCUUGAUCGAUACAAGCGGUCUCGCGAGCCUUUAGAUCAGGAUGUUUUCGCCUGUAUGAUCCAUGGUUUAUUCGACGAGUACAAUCACUAUGUCGAUUACCCGCUAGAGGCACUCGCGACUACGGCAGUUCUCUUUGGAGGCAUUAUUUCUCACAAACUCAUCUCCGAUUUACCUCUAAAGAUUGGAUUGGGAAUGAUUCUUGAAGCGAUCCGAGACCAUCGACCAGACGAACCGAUGUACAAAUUCGGCUUGCAGGCUCUGUUACAGUUGCUUGCUCGUUUCAGAGAAUGGCCCGGCUUCUGUAAACAACUUUUGCAAAUCCCAGGACUCCAUGGAACGGAGACAUACAAGAGGGCCGAAGAAAUUGUUCAUGAGCACGAAGCUGAGCUUGCCCGGUCCAACAGUGGUUCCACGCAACCGCUUGGAUACACGGGAGAUUCUUUCGCAAACGGCGGCGGUGAUGAGCCUUCCUCCGGAGAUAGACCGAUCCCGGCCUUCUCCUCCCUUGGCAUCGAUCCGAUUGCUCCAGGUGCGCAUUUCGAAGACCCCAAUGACGAUGAACAAGGCAAAAUACAAUUUGUUCUUAACAAUAUUACGGAGAAUACGCUCCAGUCGAUGUGCGUCGAGCUGCGUGACCUUGUUGAUCGCAAACAUCAGCAAUGGUUUGCCAGUCAUCUUGUUGAAAGCCGCGCCAAGAUGCAACCCAAUUAUCAUCAUGUUUAUCUCGAACUGGUCAAAUUCUUCGAAGAUCAGUCUCUUUGGAGAGAGAUACUCCGUGAAACCUACAUUAGUGUUUCACGCAUGUUGAAUUCGGAAGCGACGAUGCAGAACUCGACCGAGAGAACUCAUUUGAAAAACCUUGGCGGUUGGCUUGGACUGCUCACACUUGCCCGAGACCGUCCGAUCAAGCACAAAAACAUUGCCUUCAAGCAGCUUCUGAUGGAAGCUCACGAUACGAAGCGACUUAUUGUCGUUAUUCCUUUCGUAUGCAAAGUUCUGCUUCAAGGCGCUACUUCGGCAGUCUUCCGACCACCAAACCCAUGGCUCAUGGAUAUUAUCUACUUGCUUAUUGAGCUGUACCAUCACGCCGAACUGAAGCUCAAUUUGAAAUUUGAAAUUGAGGUUCUUUGCAAGGGUUUGAAUCUGGACCAUAAGAGCAUUGAGCCAUCAGGUGAAAUCCUCAACCGUCCAAUGGUCGAAGAGUCUAUCGAACUUCUCGCUCCUGAACAACUGGAUGCUUUCGACAUUGGUCUAAGCGGAUUGGCUACCGGUACUGGCGCAGCACUUUCACCUCAGGCUCCAGCACCAACUGUUCCUGAUCUUGGACCGAUGAUCACGAUUCCCCCAACAAACGAGAUGGUCGUCAGCACAUCACGCCUUCACGAUAUUGUGAGAAACUCCCUUACUCGAGCAUUACAAGAUAUCAUUCAGCCUGUUGUGGAUAGGUCCAUCACUAUUGCGGCGAUAUCCACUCAGCAAAUGAUCCGCAAAGAUUUUGCUGCAGAGUUGGAUGACACGAAGGUCCGGACUUCGGCAAUCAACAUGGUGAAAUCGACAGCUGGAAGUUUGGCCCUGGUCACGUCUAAGGAACCACUUAGAGCCAAUUUCACCAACUACAUGCGUCAAAUGUCAAAUGAUUUGCCUUCCGGAUUGCCAGAGGGUACAAUCAUCAUGUGCGUAAACUCAAACUUGGACCUUGCCUGCAACAUCAUCGAGAAACAAGCAGAGGAGCGUGCAGUGCCUGAAAUUGAGGAGAUGCUAGCAGAAGACUUUGAAUCUCGACGACGCUACCGCCAGCUGCACCCUGGCGAGUCCUCAUUCCCUGCGAAUAUCAACCGCUGGGCAAUGACGAUUCCGAAUCCGUACAAGCUCUCUCCGAAUAUGCCCGGCCUUAACCCUGAACAAAUGGCCAUUUAUGAAGACUUCGCAAGACAACCACGGACGACAACCUCUAACAUUACCAACCAUGGGCCGUCCGCUUCCGAUGCGACACGCUCGCUUGCAAAUGAGGUGCUGCAAGACAAUUAUUCUAGCUUACCAGGACUUACUGCUCCGGGUGAAUCUAGCAAUGUGCCCCAGUCGACAUCGCAGAUGCCGUCAUACGCGGCCAACCACGGAAACAAUGGCAAUGUUUCUAAUGCCCGAUCUGGCAACUUCCAGAUGGAUAUCCAUGGCGUUGCUGACCGGAUUAGCAAGCUCCUUCAAGAACUGCUGCGGGCUGCUGGUGAAGCUCGAGAGGAACAUUUCUCCGAGUUGCCUCGCCCACACCAACUUCUAGAUGUAGUAGACGCACUUGUGCAGCUUGUUAUCAAGACCUCACAAGGCUCUGAUGAGCUCACCUGGUACAUUGCUGAACAAAUUAGCACUUUGAUCUUCCAAAAGGUGGAGGAUAACCUCACAGUUGAAAGUUUGGUACAUGUCUUGGAAGCCCUCCGCAAGAUUGCAAACCCAAUGAUCAACAACAGAGUGCGUCAAUCGUUUGCUUCUCAGCCUGGAUCAAGCUUCUUAAGUAUGCCUGUUUUGGCGGCACUGAUCCGAACCGAUCUACUCGACUGGAGAAAUAUCGACACCGCCAUGAGCCAGUCAUUGGCUUCGCGAAAGGAAGGUUCACUUGAAUUUUUGGAGAAGAUGUUGGACCUCACAUUGUUGAACAAUCGUCCCAUUGCCCUUUAUGCUGACUUUGUUCAAACUAUCGAGGCUGCUUGGGCUUGGAUAAAUGAAGACGGAGCCUCUGCGGUUGCUCAGAGGCUCAACAGUAAGCUUGGUGGAACUGGGCCAUACAAACAGGCUGCCAAUGCUGAGCCUGGCUCGUUCCCUCACCGCGACCAACUUGAAUACAUUUUCGAAGAAUGGGUUCACCUGUGCAACAACCAUGCUGCAACCAAGAAGUCUACCAUUCAUUUCGUUCAACAGCUGAGAGCUAGAGAAGUGAUUGGCGACCGCGAAGACUUCUUCCUCUUUAUACGAAUGGCAAUCGAUGUCUCUGUUGACCGCCAUGAAGCGCUUUUGCAUGCUGGUGCGGCAGCUGAUCCGUUCAUCAUGAUUGAUGCUCUCGCAAAGUUGGUGGGAGUCUUUGUCAGUCUAUACUCGGAUUCGGCCAGUUCCUGCACAAACUUCUUGGACUCUGUCAUGGUGAUUAUUUCGCUUGUUUUGAAUCAUCACAGCACUAAGAGGGGCGAACACCUUGACUCGCGAAUCUUCUUCCGCUUAUACUCCAUGAUUCUUCAUGAAGUGCAACUUCUUGCUGAAGACAUGUCCGAGGAGGAGGCUGCUACGCUCAUGCUGAAGAUUGCAUCCCGGCUCGAUAGCAUCGGUCCUCUCCAUCAGCCUGCUUUCACGUUUGCGUGGUUCUCCCUGCUUCAACACCGCGCGUUUUGCCCCGUCCUCCUGCAGCUUCCUGACAAUGCCGGCUGGUCACCUUACCUAAAGCUUGUCUGUCAGGCUCUGGAAUGCCUCAGCAUGCAACUGAAGGCGUUCAAUGUUUCGCCUAUUGCCAAGGAUAUAUACCGCGCCACGCUCAAGUUGCUUGUUGUUCUCCAACAUGAUUUCCCCGACUUUGUCGCAGCCAGUCACAUGCAGCUCUGCACCAGUAUCCCGCCUCAUUGCACCCAACUACUGAACGCUGUGCUGUCUGCUAGCCCUCAGCAUGGGUACUCGGAUACAACUAGCGGAGAUCGACAUGAAGAGCUCAAGAUCUACCCUGGCUUACUUGUCGGAGCCAAGGAGGUUCUAAACGAGUGCGGACUCUUGCAGGUUGUUGACCAAGUCCUACAGAGCGGCCCCUCUGAGGAAAAGAUGGCGCAGAUUGUCCAUACAAUGACUCAAACGCAGCCCAAGGAAACAACAUACGGAUCUGUACCCGUCGCGGCGAACGGCAACAUCAUUGGCGCCGUCAUUGUCUAUAUUGGAAGUCACGCUGCUGACCGUUUAGCUGUCAAACAAGGUGACUCAACCACCAUCACUGGAAAUGAACCCGAAGUUGCGGCACUGUCGGUCCUAGUCCAGGAAGUGGCUCCCGAUGCCAGAUACUACGUCCUAUCCAGCAUUAUCAACCAGCUGCGAUAUCCCAAUGGUCAAACAGAGUUCUUUAGCCAGCUGCUCCUCCAUAUUUUUGGCAAAGACCUGAAUGACCCUGAGGAAACAGAGAUCCGCCAGCAGAUUACAAGGAUUCUGCUCGAGCGACUUGUAGGAUUCUGGCCUCAGCCACUGGGCCUCAUGGUAACCAUUGUAGAGCUCGUCAAGAACGAGAAAUACCGGUUCUUUGAGUUGCCUUUUAUCAAGUCUACACCCGAGGUUGCGGAUAGAUUUGCUUCUGUCGUCCAACGCGCAUAGGAAAUGUCGAGGAGAUGAGAUGACAAAUUUUUUGAGCUUUAUCUAUGGUGGUUCUCUAGAUGAGACGAUCCAGGAUAACACUGCAUGUUGCAUAUGGAAAAUAGACGAGACGUUAAGAAAAACAUGCAAGGCGCAACGACAGCCAGCGACUGCUGAAGUGGUAUGUUGUCUGUUGGUAAGCGCCAUAACGGCACCUUGUAUCAAAUGUAUUAUAGGUAGUUUUUUUUAUGAUUAUUGAAAUAAUAUUACCAGCGUUAUGAUUUCGCAGUUUGACUGAUGCCAGCCUACCUAUUUCCCUCGUGAUUGAUUCGACAACCAGUCUCUUAGAUGGUGAGAACGCCCUUCAUAACCCUUACAGCAGCUCCAGACAACGAAACGGAGUCCAACUUGCCGUCCUUUACUCCAAUCACGACUGUAAUGGAACUCUCCUUGCCCAUUUCAACACCCUGAGUAAUCUCGUACUUGACGAAAGGCACCUUUUGAUCACUAGCCACGGUGCUAAGAUAGCUGCACAGACAGCAGCUUGCCGAUCCUGUCGCCGGGUCUUCAAUGCCGAGCACGCCGGCAACCAUACGAGUUCUCAGUGAUACAACUGGGAUACCAUCGUCUCCAACUCUGUCGCCCAGGCGGACAAAGUAGUAGAUUCCGGCAAAGCCUACGCGCCAUUCCUCGUCCAGCAGCUCUUGGGGAGGAUUGAAGCUCCCAACUGUGACUCGACCCAAAGUGUUGAGGUCGGGAAGCUCUGUCAGGUAAAAGUUCAUACCUUUGACGAUACUGAACAGUGGCGCUUGGAGCUCAGCAUCGCGAAUCACAGCAACAUCGCUCAACUGGUCAGCGGCGACGGCGGCAUCGCGUAGACGCUUCUGAUGCAAGUGGGUGUUGAACGGCACGGCCGCCUGGGCGGACUGGUCGCCGGUUUUGCGGACGGGAAUAGGCCCGGCCUUGGUGAUGAUGGUGUCGACGCCCUCGUCGAGGAGAGACACGGCGGCGCCAAUCACGGGGUGUCCGGCAAACGGCAGCUCAGCAUCUGUCACGAAGAUGUCGAUUUGGCGCUGCUUGUUGGUAGCGGGGUCUGCUACCUGGUGGAUAAAGAUUGUUUCGGAGAGGUUGAAUUCACGGGCGAUAGCUUGUUUCUGCUCCUGCGUCGGCUUUACGGCAUCGGCGGGGAUGGUGACGACGCCGAGCGCAUUUCCGAGGUAGCGCGUGGUGGUGAAGACGUCGUAUGUUUCAAACGGAAGCUCCAUUGUGACGGCGUAUAUAUUGUUUGGAUUUUAGGUUUUUGCCAAUUGACAAAGGGAGUACUGGUAGAUAGAUAGUUUUUAUAUAUUGCCGCAGAGGACCACAAUGGAGUCCUUUAUUACGAGCGCCUUGGCUGGAGUCUUAGAUGAGAGCUACCUGGUGA